UGCGACUGCGACUGCGACUGCGCGGGGCAUCAUGCUGGCAGCUGGGCGCUGCUGUCCUGAAGCGCUAGGGCUGCGGCGCCUUUGGAGGCGGCCAGGGCUGGGGACUCAUUCAUUUCUGCGCCCCGUCAGGCCGCAGUCUUUUGAGGAAGCCGGGUCACUGUGUUACGAGUCCUCGCCUAGAGACGUACGGGAUGCAGAGCCCGAACUCGAGGCGGCCCGAAGGGAAGCCUCGGGAUCGGCGUCGUCCCCCGCUCUCCCUUUCCGCGGCCGGGACGUUGGGGUCGGAUGUCCUUCGUCGCUGGAAAACCUCGGGCUGCGGACGCCGCGGGAGGUGUCCUCUCCUGGAGAUCGCGGGGACUCGGGCGGAGAGCAGAACCAGCCCGAUGCCCUGCACUGGGACGCCGGGUUUCCCUCGCUGCCCGCCCUGGCCCGGGCCGCGGGCGAGGCCGGAGAGCCUUACGUCUCCCCUUCCUGCCCAGCCUCUAGAGAAGGACCCUUUCGUGCUGGGGAGCUGAUUUUAGCUGAGACUGGGAAGAGAGAAAAUCACUUUAAAAAGUUAUUUAGGUUGAGCAACGUCGGACACCUAAACAGUACGUGGGGGUCAGUCCCAUUCAGCAAGAUCGUAGGAAAGUUCCCCGGCCAGAUACUGACGAGUUCCCUUGGUAAGCGUUUUAUGCUGCGGAGGCCAGCGUUGGAAGACUACGUGUUACUGAUGAAAAGAGGGCCCGCCAUAACAUACCCAAAGGAUGUGAAUAUGGUACUCAUGAUGAUGGAUAUCAACCCAGGUGAUACUGUUUUAGAAGCUGGAUCCGGCUCUGGUGGAAUGAGUUUAUUUUUAUCCAAAGCAGUUGGAUCUCAAGGACGGGUCAUAAGUUUUGAAAUACGGAAAGACCAUCAUGAUGUGGCUAAGAAGAAUUACAAACACUGGCGUGAUUCAUGGAAAUUAAGUCAUGCAGAAGAAUGGCCGGACAAUGUAAAUUUUAUUCACAAGGAUAUUUCAGGAGCAGCUGAAGACAUCAAAUCCUUAAUAUUUGAUGCGGUAGCUUUGGAUAUGUUAAAUCCUCAAGUGGCACUGCCUGCUUUAUACCCAUGUCUUAAACAGGGUGGUAUAUGUGUUGUGUAUAUGGCAAACAUCACACAGGUUAUUGAACUUUUAGAUGGAAUUCGCAUCUGUGAACUUGCUCUCUCAUGUGAAAAGAUAAGCGAGGUCAUUGUCAGAGACUGGUUGGUUUGCCGUGCAAAAGACAAAAAUGGAAUUUUACCUAGGAAAGUAGAACCUAAAAUCAACACAGAUUUACAAUUACAUUCUGAAAAGGAAAUUGAAGAUGAAGUUGAGGUGUUUCAAGAGGAUAACCAUGUAGAAGAAUCACAAUCUGAUUUCCCAUAUGGAUCCUUUCCCUAUAUUGCAAGACCUAUCCGCUGGCAAAGUGGUCAUACAGCUUUCCUCGUCAAGUUGAGGAAAGUCAAACCACCAUUUAACUGAGUAUCUCAAAUGACAGCAGUGGACUUGAAGAUGAAAAAGUAUCAAACU